GGGGUUGCCCCAGUGGGGCAGGCGCGGGGGGCAGGCGGCGGCCGGUUUCCUCCUUCGGCGCUGCGCGGGGUCUGCUCUGGGGGGAGCGGGAGGCGGAGUCGCAGCCGCCGCAGCCGCAGCCCCGGCUCCUCAGGCCCGGGAGCGCCAUGGCCCAGGCCAGGAUCAGCGCUAAGGCCAGCGAGGGACAGCCGGCGGGGCAGCUCCGCGGGCGCUUCUUCCGCUCCACCUCCAUGGCCGACUGCUCCAGCCGCCUGCUGCAGAACCUGGACCAGCUGGAGCUCAGGGUUGAAGCCUUGCGUGAUGCAGCCUCUGCUAUGGAACAAGAAAAAGAAACCCUGCUAGAAAUGAUCCACAAUAUACAGAACAGCCAAGAUAUGAGGCACAUCAGUGAAGGUGAAAGAGAAGAACUUUGCCUGACUGCCAGUCGUCUGAUGGGCCGAACCCUCACUGUUGAGGUUUCUGUAGAAACAAUACGAAACCCACAGCAGCAGGAAUCCCUUUUGCACGCCACAAGGAUGAUUGAUGAAGUAGUCAAUAAACUCCUUGAUGAUCUGGAAGAUUCCAAAAGCCGUUUAAUGUCACUUUAUGGUGCAUGCACAUCUGAGGUACCAUCUGGACCCAUUGAUCAGAAAUUUCAGUCUGUUGUAAUUGGAUGCGCUAUUGAAGAUCAAAAGAAAAUCAAAAGGAGACUAGAGACUCUGCUUAGAAAUAUAGAAAACUCUGAAAAGUCAAUCAUGCUGUUAGAACAUCCAAAAUCAGCUGUCCAACAGCUUUGCAACAAUGAACAGGAUUAAAGUAGUGCUAGGUAUUUGGGCAGAUCAAAGUUAAAUCUCCAUAAAGAAUACACGGAAUGCAAAGAAAAAUGUUACUUUUUAGCUCUAAACUAAUAAUACUUUAGAGUGCUGGGUGCAAUUAUUAAAUAAAUCCUGAUAGCACUGCCUUAGGUAUCAGAAAGAACAUAAAUAUUUUCUUUCACAAUGAAGAUGUGAUCUAAGAAUGGUAUCAGGUUUACUCCUCUAGACUUAAACUUUAUUGGUACUGCUGCUGCAAAUUGUAAUUAAUGUAUUUCUGCUGCACUCUUAAAGCUAGUCAGAAUCUAAUUUUUUUCUCUUCUCAAGUUUUUGAAAACUUAAGCUGUUGUCAUGUACUAAGAUUUCACCUAGCACAUUUUUUUCUCUUUGGUGAAUAUUCUGUAUGAAACAGACUUAUGGGAAAAAGACAAGUCACGCAAUAAACAAGAACAAGAAGUUGAUAUGCCACACUCCAUUUUCAGUAAUGAGUAACUUUGUUAGUUACUUGGCACUGUAGCUCAAGAUGCUUUACAGAAAACGAUAAGAAUUGACCCCAUUUAACAGACAGUGUGGUAAAAUAACUCGCACAAUGUCACACAGCAGGCUGGGAAUAGAACCCAGGUCUUCUGACUAAGGGCAGGUCUUCACUACCCGCCGGAUCGGCGGGUAGAGAUCAAUCUAUCAGGGAUCGAUUUAUCGUGUCUCAUCUAGACAUGGAUAAAUCGAUC